GGCCAUUUUGUCUUCUUCCUUUUUUACCCGGUCUUUCACCUUGGUUUCGCUAGAACUAGAGCUGCGCUGGAUAAGGCUGGGUCUGAUCACUUCUAGUAUUUUGCAGUUAAUAGUCCAGUUUCUUCUCAGUCGCAAUCAGAUGAGGCUAAGCUAAGAAGCCCAGAGAGAGAGAGAGAAUGUGUUCGUUGGAGAAGAGAGGCAACAUCUUCAUCUUAACACUCACCGGCACCGACGAGCACUGGCUCAACCCCACGCUUCUCAAUGCCAUUCGCUCCGCUCUCCGCCGUGUCCGAUGUGAAGCAUCCUCCUCCUCCGCUCUCAUUACCACCGCCCACGGAAAAUUCUUCUCCAACGGCUUCGAUAUCGCCUGGGCCCAAGCUCAGUCCUUCGAAGAACGCAUGGUCUUCAUGACCUCCUUGCUUCGAUCGGUUGUCACGGAUCUAAUUUCCCUCCCUAUGCCUACAAUCUCCGCCGUGACCGGACACGCCUCCGCCGCAGGCUGUAUCCUCGCCUUGAGCCACGAUUACGUCCUGAUGAGGAGCGAUAGGGGGUUUCUCUACAUGAGUGAGCUCGAUAUCAAGCUCGUCCUUGUGCCGUGGGUCAUCGCCCUUCUCAAGGCCAAGACCGGGUCACCGGCGUCUCGCCGUGAACUGGUUAUGAAAGCGACCAAGGUCACAGCUAAGCACGCGGUGGAGCUCGGUAUCAUCGAUUCGGCUCACGAUAACGCUGAGGAGACAAUGACGGCUGCGGUUGAACUGGCCGAGGGCUUGGUUAGAAGGGGAUGGAAUGGACAAGUGUACGCUGAGAAUCGAAUGGCAAUGCUGGCUGAUGUGUUGGUCUCCAUUGGAGCUACCCGCACUCGUUCGCGGCUUUGAGGGACACAAGCCUCCUCCAUCGUGCUUCCCACAGCCACACACAAGCACAACGAGGACGCUAGAAUUAGGAAGAUGAAGAAUAAAGCCAACAGUGGAACUAGCAGAUCUAAAGAUAUGGAGUCACGUGCCUGAAUCAUUUACCUAAAUUUGGACUGCUUGUUGGCCGCCGUCGAUGACGCAGAGACUGAAGUGAAGGACAGUUAUGGUGGCACCGAGCACAAGUGUGGGUCUGAGAGAAAGAGAUUGUGGGCGUAAGGAAUGAAGUUAGGAAGAAGGAAGAUGAGGAAGACGUAAGUUGAAGCCAAGAAAGAGGAAGAUAAGGAUAGUUGGGUCUUUUACCUAAUUUUUGUUGCCUAUUAUUUUUUUUUAAUCCCACAUACCAAACAUGAAUUUAAAUCCUUAUUUUUAGAUCCAAUUCCAUUACGAAUCGUAUUUUCAAUUUCACAAAAUUCAAUACUUUAUAC